UCCAUCCGGGCCUUUGCUAUAUUAUUUUCCCAGCAAACCGCAAUGAUAAUAUAUUGCAGAGACAUAGAUUAUGUGAUUUCGUCGACAAAAUGGAAGUGUUUACUUCAGCGGAGUGGGCACUGAUUCAGACUCGAUGUCUAAGAUGAAGAAGACAUUGAAUAGGGUGCUUACAAAAUUUGAGCAACUGAAAGCACCCCCAAACGCAGAUUGUGGGGUGGAAGAAACAUUGCGCACCGAUCAUUUUCAAGUGUGCAAGACGGUCAGAUAUGGAUUUCCAUACGAGCCGACAUCAGUAGCAUUCGAUCCUGUUCAGCAUCUCCUAGCGAUUGGCACAAAAUCAGGGUCGCUACGAAUAUUGGGAAGACCUGGUGUGGACAUCCACUGUAGCCAUGGGACAGAGGUGGCUGUCAUUCAGAUCCUCUUCCUUAUCAAUGAGGGUGCACUUGUUACUGUUUGCUCAGAUGAUAGUAUACACCUUUGGAACUACAGACAGAAAAGACCAGAAAUUGUGCACACACUCAAAUUCCAAAGAGAAAGGAUAACCUUUUGCCACUUGCCUUUCCAAAGUAAAUGGCUGUAUGUAGGCACAGAGAGGGGAAAUGUCCACAUGGCCAAUAUUGAAACAUUUACCCUUUCUGGUUAUGUCAUCAAUUGGAACAAGGCUAUUGAACUAUCAAGGAAGACGCACCCUGGCCCAGUGGUCAGUUUGACUGACUGUCCUAUAGAUCCCAAUAAGUUAUUAAUAGGAUUUGAGACUGGGACCAUUGUGUUGUGGGAUUUGAAGAGUAAAACAGCAGAGUGCAGAUAUAACUUACCAGAGGCCCUGCGUUCUGUGUCCUGGCACCAUGAAGGGAAACAGUUCAUGUGUAGCCACACAGACGGGAGUAUCACCACGUACAACGUCAAACAUCCACAGAAGCCCGUCAGUGUUAUGAUGCCUCAUGCUCAGAUGGGCAAAGAUGGCAAACUCAACCCAUGUAAACCAAUAACCAAAGUGGAGUGGAAGUCAGUGAAAAAUGGAGAGCCGUUGAUCAUCUUUUCUGGGGGAAUGUCCUAUGACAGGGCAGGGAGGACACCUAGUAUUACUGUAAUGAAUGGCAAGAGCACCACAGCCCUGGAGAUGGAGCACAAUAUUGUAGACUUUGUUGUGCUUUGUGAAACACCCUGGCAAAAUGACUUUCAGGAACCAUAUGCCAUUGUGGUCCUCCUGCAGUAUGACCUUGUGGUAGUGGACCUGACCUCCCCUAACUACCCCUGUUUUGAAAACCCCUACCCCAUGGACAUUCACGAAUCGCCGGUCACAGCAUGUCAGUAUUAUGCAAACUGCCCGCCUGAUCUCAUUCCUGCUUUCUACUCUGUGGGGUCAUCUCGCCAGAAACGCUCAGGAUUCAGUGAAAAGUCCUGGCCAAUAAAUGGUGGAGAGUGGGGUACAUCCACAUGUAGUUAUCCUGAGAUUUUUAUCACUGGGCAUGCUGAUGGUUCUUUAAAAUUUUGGGAUGCUUCCUCGGUGACAUUACAAGUGUUAUAUAAACUCAAAACUGCCAAAAUAUUCGAGAAACCAAAAAAGAGAGAAGAAUCUCGUAGUGAAAACCGUGACACUGUCGGUGAAAACCAGAAAGACGGUUCUGAAUCUGACCCUGACCCCUUUGCAGUGUAUCUAAUACAUUUGUGUACCGAGUCUAGGAUUUUGUGCUUCGCCGGAGCUACUCAUUUAGUGCUAUGUAGAUUUUCCAAACAGGAAUUAAAUGUGGAAGUACAGAGUUUAGAGUUUUCCAUUAUUUAUCAUGAUAUUUUGGACGAAAUGGAGUCCCCAGACAUAGAUAACCAUUACCGGCCAUGUUUAGGGGUUGUAGCACAGAUUCAAAGUGGAAGCAGGGAGUCAUACUCAAGCAAUGCAUCUGACCACAGUUCCAAGAGUGAUCCUUGGACAGCAGUAAAGGUGCGGUCUGGUAGCAGAAAAUACUCAGCAGGUUACUACCCAGACCUGGUGUGUGUAUUACAGUGGUUAGACAGCAAAGAGCCGGGGGAGGGCAAGGAGCACCCCGGCAAUAUCACCUUUAUCUCCAUGAACUCAUCAUAUGGAUUACUGGCAUUUGGAAAUGAGUCUGGGUUAGCAAUAGUAGAUUAUAUACAGAAAACUUGUCUGUUAAACCUGGGCACUCCUGAUUUGUACGGUUCCAUGGAUCCUUACAAUCGGGGUCCAAGAUCACCUAGGAACAAGAGGUUUCCCACAGAUGGAUCGGGCACCGAGGAUGGGGCACGAUCCCCCACUAAUGAUCAGUCUAGUCCUCCAUCAAGUCCCAAUUUAAUCGUUAAACCCCGGAAAAAGCACUCGCACGAAAAACUUGUUCCCAUGCAAGCAAUUCACGAGAGACUUUCUCAGGAAAUUGAUGAUUCUUUGAUUGUGCAAGAGAAAAAUAACAAUGACAGUGACGUUGUUGAGGUAGGGGUCCCUGCAGAAGAGUUGGACAAUAUUGUUAAUAAUUUAGAUGAAAAUUAUUUUGAGAAAGGUAUGAGGAAUCAGUUACAGAACUUUAGCAAGUUCCCGGGUCAGGGACAUUUAGAACGUGCUGCCUCAGUACCAAGUCCCCCCUCUCCAAAGCAAGAGGGUAUCUCCAAAGCUUCUUCUGAGGGGGCAAUUUCAAAAAAGAAAAUGGCUUCCAAAACUGUGUCAGACCCCUCACACCAUAACAGCCUACUUGCUGAAAAUGAUGAUGGCACUAAAAGUAGACCUAGGUCCUCAUCUGACCCAGACGCUGAUGUGUCAGAACUGAAACAUGCUGAACAAAAUACUCGACACAAAACAAGAAGAGUUUCUCUGACUGCUCUGACAUUCAAGAAAAAUAAACACAAAAACAAACACAAAGAAAAACAUUCAAGUGAAUCAAGUAAUGGUUGCGAGCCAUCAGGGAAAUCUGAUGAUGAAAGCAAGUCCGCCCACCCGCAUGUUCAUGACUUUCACAGUGACGAACAUUCUGAUAGUGACAUAGAUGAACAUCCACCACCGAAAAGCUUUCUCAGAAGAAUGAGCGUCAAAAUGAAAAAUAUUGUCAUGGGAAAUGAAAAAGAAGAGAAGAAAUUCAAAGUCGAUAUCAUUGAUUUAACAAACGACAACGGGAAGGUCUGCCACGAAAGAGUGUCCGUGGAUGAACUUCAGAAUGCAAUAUUACCUGAUAAGAAUGACACGGCGUCCUUCUCGCGAUCACGUAGUUCUAGUAUGUCCAGCCUCGACAACGUGUCUAAGGAAGCCAUCCAAUCAUUAGUGUUCUCAGAUUCCUAUACAGGAAAAACAGAUAGCUUCACGUGUCCCUGUCUUUGGGUGGGAACCAGUUUAGGGUCUGUGAUUGUGAUAGUACUGAAUCUACCUCCCCCAGGACAGCAGCGGUUGGACCAGCCUGUCAUUGUGUCUCCCAGUGGUACAAUGUUUAGAUUAAAAGGAGCAAUACUCACUAUGUCUUUCCUUGAUUGUUAUGGGGUGCUAAUACCUAGUAUGUCUGACCAGUGGCGGGACAACCCAGACAAGGAGAAAGAGAAGAAAGCUUUCAGGCAAAACACGGUGUCUCAAAAACCAAAAAUCUCUCCAACUUCAUCAACAGAAAUCAAUGGUGACAAACAGUUUGUUGUGAUAUGCUCAGAAAAACAAGCAAGGGUGAUUUCACUACCUUCACAACAAUGUCCUUAUAAGACAAGGAUAACAGACUCCUCAUUUGUAGUCAGGGCUGAUGUAGUUACACUUAGAGAUUCAGUUUGUCUUGCAUGCUAUGUGGCUAAUGGUCGAAUCAUGGCAUUCAGCUUGCCGAGUCUCAAGCCUCUCCUUGACAUUGAUUUCCUACCCCUGAAUGAUGUCAGGAUCGCUCGCACGUUUUGUUUUAGUAGGAACGGCCAUGCCAGUUACCUUUGUUCAGCUACAGAAAUUCAAAAGAUAACAUUCUCUGCUGAUAUGAGUGAUAACUUGAAUGAGAUGCUGGGAGAAUUAUUUAAACCUUGUGAGACACCUGAACCCCCAAAGCAAGGAUUCUUCAAGAAUUGGUUUGGAUCAGGACAGUCCACACUUGAUAGAGAAGAGCUGUUUGGUGAGGCCAGUGGUAAGGGACCUCGAGGUCUAGCUACCAAGCUCCAGGGCAAGGGAGGUAUGCAGUAUGUACAAUCCCAAGCUGCAAGUGGCAAUUCAGAAGUAGCCAGAGCUCAUAGGAACUUCAUUGAAAGAGGUGAAAAAUUGGGAGAGCUUGGAGAACGUUCAGAACAAAUGAGAGAACAUGCUGAGAAUUUUGCUGCCGACUCCAGAGCACUGAUGUUGAAGUACAAGAAUAAAAAAUGGUACCAAUGGUAACAGCUCUGUAUCAGGAUAUUUCUCAUAACAGCCAUUUAGGGUGUUAAACACAACAGCCAAAUAGUGUUCUCUUCAUGGGAAAAAUCGCAUGAAAAAACCAUCAUGUCCAUUCAAAGAUGUGAUCAGGUGCAGUGAAUGUUCAUCUAUUGGACAUGGGCUGAAAAUGGAGAUUUAGAUAAAGCGUGAAGGAUUUUUAUGCAAGAUGGUGUAUUGCUGGUGUGAAGUGGGUUUUAUAGAUUCAAGGAGGGGGGUAAGAUGUAGACGUUUGAAUUCCAUGGCCACAUUUUCUCUGUGUAUCAAUGAGGCUUAUGAAAAUAUUCCAUAUAGAGAUUUUCUUAUUCAGCUGUCUUUUUUUGUUAUCUUCAUUAAAUAAAAAUAUUUUAUUUAUCAUAUCCAAAUAUAUCUACCAUUACUGGUACUCAAAGGAGGAUCAAGAAGAAUCAGUGAUAAUUUUGUUAGAUAACUUUACAAAGCUCUUAUGUGCAAUAUUUUGUUUAUUGUUUUGUUGAGAGGUGGCACAUGUCUAUUAUGUGUGUACUGUUUUCAGCGUGAUAUUAUCAUUUUGUUCUGGGGGAAGAAAUAUUUUUUUAAUUUUGCAUUCCUCAAAUGAAACUGCAAUGAUCUUGACAAAGAAACUUUAUUUUUCUUCACAGUAGUUAAGUUAUACUAGAUUGGUGAAAUGGUAAAGUUUUUCAUUUGUUAGAAAGUGUAUAUCAUAAUGUUAAUCUUAGAUGAAACAUCAUAUACAAUAUUAUCCUCUUUUUUUUAUAAGAAGGAAAUCUAGUAAAAUAAAUAAAAUGAUCUAAGUCUCUGAUGAUGAUGGAAAUUUAUUAAUCUUCGUUAUAACUUGGUGAGUACAUGUACAUGUAUGAUAGUUUUAAAUCAAUGUUUGUUAGGGAAAAAGUUGCAAAUUACAAACUUUUGGGACUCAAAACUUUUCUUUUUUUGCAUACAUUAUUGGAUUUAUUUAAAUUCAGACUUUAAACAAUUUUCAAACAAGUCUGUUUCCUUUUGCUUGGUUGUAAAUAUUUAAUUAUAUAAAUACUUGUAUAUAGUGAGUAAAAUAUAUAUUAUCUAGCUUAGACACUGUAAAAAUGUAAAUUUUGUAAAUAGAGUAUGUAUGGCCCCUGAGAAAUAAAUAUGUACAUGUAUAUGCGCUUUCCUAUUUGUCCAACCGUGUUUUGUAUGGUUUUUACUUUUAUUUGGAUUUUGGUUCCCUUUGUUGUUUUUAAAGUAUCUAAAAGUGUCUGAAUUUUAGUUUUGUUUGUAAAUUUGUCCAAAUCAAGAUGAAAAGAAUGUGUACUAAAUUAGAACUGAAGAUUCUUAACUAGAAUGGAUAUAACCUGUAAACUCUGGCUACAUUUUAUUUUCUCCCAAAAGGACACUAUAUUGCUUCACUUACUUGUCUUUAGCCUUCAUUCUCAUUCACUAAAUCAUCAGUUAUAAUCAGAUUCUGUUAAUUACUGAUUAGUUGGUUAAUUACUUACACUUUUAAAAGCAACCAAUAGCAAUCAGACGUGUAAUAUAUGUAUAUUUCAAAGUCAGAAUAUUUAUAUUUAUUGUACAUAUAAAGUAACAAUGUAUAUAUAUUUUUUAUUUACACAUUGGUUACUGGGUAUUUUUUUCCCUUAAGUGCUUUGUUUUCUUAUGUCUUUGACCCUUCCUUUAUGGUAGCUUCACACUAUAAUAUACUGAACAAAAAAUGGUCAUUUAUACACUCUAAUGGAUGUAUAUUGAUGGAGUCUGCAUACAGCCUUUCAUUUUUGAUAUGAAAAACAGUACAAGUCUUCAUUCUGAAAAAUAAAAUGGAAUGUAGUGUAUUGAUUUUAAAUUUUAUUUUACCCUUGUUGUCUUAAUUAACUUUAGAAGAACAAAUCAUACAUAUGAAACUAAUAAAGUAUAUAUACAUGUAAAACAGCGCCAUCUUUCCUAUUGCUCAUCUUGCUAUGACUGUAGAUGCAUUCCAAAUUAUUUUUGUUCAUGCAUUGUUUCAUAUGAUCUCACAGUUUUCAUUCUAUAUCAGAACAAAGAUUUUGUUGUUACUUUUUUCACUGUGUUCCUUUUUUUUACAGUGCUAAUGUUGGCAUUACUCGUAGUUUUGAAUGAAGGUGUGAGCGAAAGUUGUGUGAAUUGUGUGAGAAGAUUUUGCUCUUUCUAAAACUGAAACAUAUUCAUUUUUUUAAAAAUAAGAUUAUCAGCAUUGCAAUUGACAUGUACCAUAUUUUCUUUCAUUUCUCAAAGACUCAAAGGUAUAUCUUUAUAUAUUUUUUGUUCAUGAACAUAGUUAUCAUAACUUUAAUUUUGUUAUGAAAAAUGGAUGUUAUUACGAAGUGCAUGCCUAAAUAAUCUGCAGCACACAUUAAUUGUCCUGACUUGCAACUGUUCAAGAUGAUAUGUAACAAAAAACUGAUUAGAUUGAAAAAAUAUUUGUUUUGUCAGUUUGACCUUGACAUCCUGCUUUAAGGUCAUUUCCUUGGUUACAUAGACUGAAUUGUAUGGCUGUUUCUUGUUAAGUAUCAGUUGUGAUAUUGUUGAGAAUUAGCAUGAUGCUGUCAAGUAUGUAGAAUAUAAAGUCUAAUAUAAAUGCAUCUUAUUGGCUUUAC